AUGCAUUUUAACUGUAAGUAUUUACAUAAAACUGAGGCUUUUCAUAUGAUUGUAGGGGACGCAAGUUAUUUCAUAUUUUACUUUGUUUUGAAGAGGAAAGCUGAAUAAAACAAGGGGGAUAAAAGAUAUUUUCAAUUUCAGCAUUGUUUGAUGGAAUAAUAUCAUAUAGUAACAUAUAGCCUUAUUUCAUUCCAUCAUCUAUAUUAUUUUAAAUGUUGCAUGAAUUAAAAAUCUAGACAGUAACAGCUUUAUUUUAAAAAUUUGUACUCAAGAAAUAAUUCUCAAAAUAAAAUUAUGGUGAAUAAAUAACAAAAUUUAUCUUUUGUAAAUCAUCUUAAUGCCUGCAAAACAUCAAAAUAUUGUUAUCUAGUGUCUGAAAAUAUUUUGCAAUCAUUACUUUUUUUAUAAAAAUAAAGUCAAUUUCAGAAACCUCAUUUUUUACUUAAAAAUUUUGUUAUUUAUUCACCAUAAUUUUAUUAAAAAUUUGGAAUUCUUAGAGAGAGAUUAGGUAUACCCAUAGUUGGAUUUUCAAACUUUUUAUUUAGAAGAUCAAAGAAUGAUAUUUUAGUUAAGAAAUAAAAUUAAUAGCAAUAGUUUUAAUUAUAGUAUCCCAUUUUACUUUAGCAGAUCAAUAUAUAUUAAAAGAUAGAUUAUUUCAAAAACUAAAUUUUUAAGUAUUUUAUGUAGAAGAUUAUGAAGGAAUGUGGGGUUUAUUAUACUUUGGUGUUGUAAUGGCAAUUCUUAAUUUUAAACCAAGUAAUUUUAAAGUAGGAUAUGUUUUUUAUAAUGAUUAAGAAAAUUUGGAAUGUAGAGACGUAUUAUUUUAACAAUUAAGAGAUGAUGCAUGUUCAUCAGCAGGGUAUACCUAGUUUUGCAUUAUUUAAUAUAUUUGAUGAAAAUGAUAGAAAUAUAUUUCUGUAUUAACUCUAAAUUAUUAGAACAUUUUUAAAAUAAGGUAUAGGAUUAAUAGUAAAAGCUAUACUUCUUAAUUGUGUUUAUCAAUAACAAAAAAUUUUGAUAUAAAGCUUAAAGAGUAUGGGGAAAAACAUCAAAAUAGACUAAUUUGAUCGAAUUAAUUAGAUUUGUUUUAUUAGUGUUAAGUAACUUAAUAUUAAGAAAGGUUGA